GUGCGCCAGGUUGAUGACGUAUAUCGGUACCCGGAAAUUUGAAUCUAGUUGAUUUCCUUUGUAGGGGGGUUAUUUGGUUUCUUUCAAGCUUGUUAGCAACUGGAAAAAAGGAUGCAAUUGGCAUUGAGUAAAACAUUUGGCCAGAAGCCUAUCAAAUUUCAGCUUGAACAGGAUGGGGAUUUUUACAUGGUUGGUUCGGAGGUGGGGAACUAUUUGCGUAUGUUCAGAGGCUCACUUUACAAAAGGUACCCAUCACUAUGGAGGAGGCUGGCAUCCGUUGAGGAGAGGAAGAAGAUCGUAGCUUCAUCUCAUGCUACAAGUGUGACUCUGCUCAAGGCAUCAGAGUGUGAGGAGAUCUUCGAGGGUAACGAUGAAAAAUAUAAAGCUAUAUCCAUCAACACGGAACCCCCAGCCUACCUCCGGGAACAGAAGGCAAAGCGGAGCAGCCAGUGGGUUCCCACUCUACCCAACAGCUCCCACCACUUGGACGCCGUGCCGUGCUCCACCACCAUCAACCGCAACCGCAUGGGUCGGGACAAGAAGAGGACCUUCCCCCUAUGCUUCGAUGACCACGAUCCUGCGGUGAUCCACGAGAAUGCAUCUCAGUCUGAGGUGCUGGUCCCCAUUCGUCUGGACAUGGAAAUCGACGGGCAGAAGCUCAGAGACGCUUUCACAUGGAACAUGAAUGAAAAGCUGAUGACCCCGGAGAUGUUUGCAGAGAUUCUGUGUGACGACCUGGACCUGAACCCCCUGGCCUUCGUUCCGGCCAUCGCCUCAGCCAUCCGGCAGCAGAUCGAGUCCUACCCCACAGACAGCCUCCUGGAGGAGCAGGCCGACCAGAGGGUCAUCAUCAAGCUGAACAUCCACGUGGGGAACAUCUCUCUGGUGGACCAGUUCGAGUGGGACAUGUCCGAGAGGGACAACUCCCCCGAAACCUUUGCCCUAAAGCUGUGCUCGGAGCUGGGUCUUGGUGGAGAGUUUGUCACCACCAUCGCCUACAGCAUCCGAGGUCAGCUCAGCUGGCACCAGAGGACGUACGCCUUCAGGUCCGAUUUCAGUGAGAACCCACUGCCUACUGUGGAGAUCGCUAUACGCAACACAGGGGACGCCGACCAGUGGUGCCCGCUGCUCGAGACCCUGACUGAUGCAGAAAUGGAGAAGAAGAUCCGAGACCAAGACAGGAACACAAGACGCAUGCGGCGGUUGGCCAACACGGCGCCAUCCUGGUAGGAUGGUCAGGCUUCUCCUGGAACAGGACCUGGUUCGAAUGGACACAAAACAAAGCAUUAACUCUGAACGGACCGCUCCACACACUGAACCACACACCCUGGUCAUCCACCUGAGGACGGCUGAAGAUGAGACAUUCGGGCGUUCCCGAAAAGCACGACGUUUAUAAAUGAAUGUCGGCGUCGAGUGUCAGCACGUUUGCUGAUGCAGCCUGUAUGAUAUAACACACAUACACAUACACUAAACACACACACACACACACACACACACACACACACACACACACACACACACACACACACACACACACACACACACACACACACACACA